GGGCGCAUGCUCACUCCCAAGUUUCCUGGUGCCUUUUCUAUUCCACCUUAUGAAACUUUUUCCCCGGCGUGGUCUCACGCGCGAUUUAAGGCAUAGGUAUCGCCGAGCCCGGAGGCUGCGAGUCACCCGGAGUGAGGGGAGAGGUCAGGGCAACGCGGCGGGGGUGGGAGCAGAAGGGCAAGCAAGGCGGGAAGGUGGGCUCCGGACUCCGGGAGCCAGGGGAUCCAGGCGCCUACACCGCCACUAGCGGGGACCAGAGGGGAGGAAGGGGCCGCAGUCGGGAGGGGGAUCCCACCAUGCCCAAAGUCUUUCUGGUGAAGAGGAGGAGCCCGGGAGUCUCGGUCCGCAGCUGGGAUGAGCUCCCGGAUGACAAAAGGGCAGACACCUACAUCCCAGCAGUGAGCCUGGGCUGUCUGCUCCCGGACCCCCCUGAGGACUGCCGCAGCGACGGCGGCAGUAACAGUGGUUGCAGCAGCAGCAGCAGCAGCAGCAGCAGCAGCAGCAGCAGCAGCAGCGCGGGGGAACCCAGAGGCAUCGAGAGCAGCUCGUCCCCGCGCGCGCCCGAGCCUGAAACUCCAGAGCUCCACGACGCCGAAGGACUCGAUGGACACCUGGCAGCGAUGCAGCGCCCGAUUGCCAGGUCAAAAAUCAAGUUUACCACGGGCACGUGCGAUGACUCUGUGAUUCACAACUGUGACCUGUGUGGCAAGAGCUUCCGCCUGCAGCGCAUGCUCAACCGUCACCUCAAGUGCCACAACCAGGUAAAGAGACACCUGUGCACCUUCUGUGGCAAAGGCUUCAAUGACACCUUCGACCUAAAGAGGCACGUACGCACACAUACAGGCAUUCGCCCCUACAAAUGUGAUGUGUGUUACAAAGCCUUCACCCAGCGAUGUUCCUUGGAGUCCCACCUGAAGAAGAUCCACGGUGUGCAGCAGCAGUACGCCUAUAAGCAGCGUCGGGACAAACUCUAUGUAUGUGAGGAUUGCGGCUACACGGGCCCCACCCAGGAGGACCUGUAUCUGCACGUGAACAGUGCCCAUCCCGGUAGCACAUUUCUCAAAAAGACAUCCAAGAAGUUGGCGGCCCUUCUGCAGAGCAAGCUGACGUCCCCGCUGCAGGAGAAUUCCACCCUGAGUGAAGAGGAGGAGAAAAAGUGAAGA